AGCGAAAAAAUGAAAAACCUAACAAGAAAAUGAUUAGGGAAAGAAAAUCGCGCAGUGAUGAUAGAUCCCGCGUUUCAGAAAAAUCUGCAGAUGAUGAUAGAUCUCAAUAUUCAAGAAGCAGCAGUGAUAAAUUAAAGAUUUCUAAAACAACAGACAGUUCCAAAAAAUCAAAAAGUCAUAGUGAUAAAAAUUCUGAAAAGGAAAUCGGUAAAAAAGUGAAGCAAAUAGAAAAAGAAAAGCUUUGUUCAAAAGAAAGCUUAAAACAAGAAAAAAAUGUCUUAACGAACAAAGAAAAUUGUAGUAAAGGGGUAGAUGAUCAAAAAUCAAAAAAUAAAACUAGUACCGAUAAUAAAAUUGGUGCUGAUCAGAACAAACAGUCUACUAAAAGUCUAUUAAAAGAAAAAGACGAUAAGAUUAAAAAAAAGGAAAGUAAAGAAAAGGAAAAGGAAAGCAAGGAAAAAGAAUGUAAGGAAAAGGAAAAUAAGGAAAAAGAAUGUAAAGAAAGAGAAAAUAAAGAAAAUAAAGGAACAAAAGAAAGCAAGGAAAGUAAAGAAAGUGAUACAAAAGAAAAAAGCAGCAAAAAAUUUGAUAUUUUCCACGAAUCGAGUCCAAAUACACCGGAACCUGAGUCAACGACCCCUGAAAUGCCUUCCAUAUCUUCAGUUGUAAAAAUAGCUGAUAUUGUUAAACCCGAAACAAAAAUGGAAAAGUCAGUUAAACUUGUUAAAGAGAAAGACAAAAUGCAAAAACGAACUGCAAAUGUUAAUGCGAAUUAUCUAUCAUUUUCUGACGAGCUUUUUGUUUUUGAUGAAGAGCCUGAAGAUGGUUUUCCUUUAACGAAAGAUGGAACUAUUCAAGCCAUUGAAGGAAAAAGAAAACCGAAAAAAACAAAAAGAAAAAAGUUAACAACCAAAGAAACUGAUGAUGUAGGAUCUGAUAGCAGCCCCGAUACCGAAGAUUAUCAGGACAUGUGGGAAGAAGAUGAAGAUUUUUUGCCAUCAUCACAAAUGAAUGAAAAUAACAAAUCGGAAAGUUCGACUUUGGUUAAUGACAAAACACAUGAAGAGAUUUUGAAAAACAUUAAGGUUGAAAUUGACGAUGAAUUGGAAGUUAUAAAAAGAAACCAAGAUGUUAUUGAAAAUGAAAUUUUUAAAAAUUUGGGUGGCAAUACAAAACUUGUUAAAAUUAAAAAGGAAAGGAUAUCUACCGAAGAGCCAAUAAUAAUAAAACAAGAGAAGAAAAGUGAUGAAAGCUGCUCUUCUUCUGAUGAUGACAGUGAUAACGAUGACAGCACGAGUACUAGUAGUAGCAGUAGCAAUAGUAGUAGUAGCAGCAGUAGCAGUGAUACGAGUGUUAGCAGCAAUAAUGAUGCUGACAAAAAUCACAGUAAAAAUAAAAAACAAAAAAAAGAAGAGGAAAUCAAGGAUGGAUUCAGUACUCCCUUGUUUGUAAAUCCAAGUCCACCACCAGAAUUAGCCAUGACCUUAAACAUAAAAGAAGUUGCACAACCACCUAAAUUAUUUUCCGUAGUAGAAAACAAAGCCAAAGAAAGAUUUAGUAAUAAUUUAAAUGCAAUAGAGGACUCAAUUGAAGAAAUGGAACAAAAUGGAAAAGGUUUUGACCAAAGAAAAGAUUUAAAGACUCCAAUUUCAGAAAUGUGUAAGUCCCUCACUCCACCAACAAAAUCAUUAUCAACUGCCAUUAGUAAUAAUUCGAGUACUGCUUUGAAUAAUCCUCAAAAAGAGCUAAACCAUAACACAAAUCAAAAGUUUGUUAUAGCAAUGCAAGAUAUAUAUGAGCAAUUUUUGCAGAGUGUAACUAAUGCUGGUGUAGAUUUGUCAUGUGGAAAUGAACCCAAAUCUCCAAAGUCGUUCAAUAAGGAUUUAAAUAAAGAAAAAGUAUUGGAUCAUCAAUUAUCGGAAGUUGCGAAAGUGUCUAAGACAGCACUAAAUUUUUAUAAUGAAGCCGAUAACAAAAAAGAUUUUAAAACUAAAACUGAAGUUACAAGUCCAGAUGAGAAAGUUGAUUUCCAUGUGUUACCAAAAAUAUCACCAAUUAAAAUUGAAAUUCCUAAACCCAAACGAAUUCAAAACAUUAUUCCAUUAGAUGAAAUAAAUAUACCACUUUUAAUAAACAGGGACUUGCAAACAGAAGUUAAUAGUCUUAAACUUUCAGAGUUAAAGUCGCCUCAAUUUGAUCUAGCUAUAUCACCAAAAUCUGAAGAACCGGUAAUACUCUUAGCGCCAGAAAAAAUAUCAACUAAAUUAUCGCCAGAUUCAAAAAGCAACACAGAAUCAAAUACUGAUGAUUCAACAUCUUCCGAUUCUGAUGACUCUGAUGAUACUUCCAGCACUAGUUCCGAUUCUGAUUCUGAAAAUCCGCGAAGUAUGUUCGGGGUAGAUAUCGAAUCAUUAAAGAAAUUUUCGCCAGAUGAUCGCAAGAAUUUAAGAGCUUUAGAGAAAAGGUUGAAUACCUUACAGAGUUGGAGUGCUGUUGAUGAUGAUGACAAAGAAGUUUUCAAAGGUCUAAAAAAUAUUCUUGAACGAGAAAUUGAGUUGAUUAUAAGAAAAUAUAUUCCUUUUUCUCUAAAAACCUUACCAAAGGACUUAACAACAAGCAUUACUUCAAAAGAAUCACCAAAAGAAAUAAGAAUUCAAAAGCCUUCAGUAACAACAGCAAAAUCAAACUCUAUACCUACUGUGUCUAAAUUGAACAUUGGUAUAUUUGAUUCAAGCGAUAAUGCAAUGCAAAAUAUGGAGAAGUUUUUGCCUGUUACACUUCCAGUUCCGACCAUAUUUUCUAUUGGUGCAGAAAUGGCUAAAAAUAGUGCAGCGUUACAGAAACCUCCGACGCCUGUUAAGACAGAUACGCCUAAAUCAAAAGAUGAUUCAAGCAAAAGUUCUGUAAAAUCUUCAUCGUCCAAGUCGUCAAAAUCUGAUAAUGAUUCUAAAAGAAGGAGAAGUAAAUCGUCUGAUCGGAGCCAUAAGUCAAGCUCUAAAAGAAGUGCACAUAGUCCUUCCCGUAAGUCACCAUCAAAACACACUUCCAAAGACUCGAAGAGAGAACGUUCAAAGAGUCCUAGAGAAGAGCGUCGUAAAUCAUCGCCACACCACAAAAGUUCCAGUUCAUCUAGUAACAGACGCAGUCGUCAAGAUUCACCAACUAAAAAGCAAUCAUCUCGACAUAAACAUAGACGUUCUCCUAGUAUACCUCGAAUAACACCAAGACGAAGUCGAAGUCCAUGUAUUACUCCAUCUAAACGUUUUAGAGCUAGAACACCAACCCCAAGUCGCACAUCUAAACAGCGAACUCAUGAAAAAGUUAUAAAUAAACAUAUUCGCAAGUCAGAUUUUCAUCGGAGCAGGUCAUUUUCAAGAUCUCGUUCGCGAUCUAUUACUCCAAGGGAAAGUAAUGUUAAUUUUCGUGGGCGUGGAAGAAUUCGAGUUUCUGUCAGCCCAAUACGUCGUUCUUUUAGUCCAAGAAGAGCUUCACUUUCUCCAAGAAGAUCUAUAAGCAGAAGAAGAUCAGCCAGUCCCAGAGGAAGACAUUUCAGCAGGAGCCCAAUACCGUUUCGACCGCCUUCCCCCUCUGUAUCACCACCGCCUAGUGGCAAUGAUUCGUCAAGAAGUCCGAAACUUCAUUCAAGAUCAUUAUCGAGAUCAAGAACCAGGUCACGGUCAUCAUCACCUCAUACACACAAAAUUAGACGCACGGAUGCGAUGCAUCACCCACACUGGAUUUCCGAUCAUGCCAAUAAUAGUAAUCAGUAUUAUGCAGAAAACACUUAUGGUUAUGCAACUUCCCCUAGUCGUAUGACAAUGACUGUUCAUAAUGAUCCUCCAAGGCGGAUAGACACUGUUAUAGGAAGCAGAGUUGGAAACGAUACUUUGUAUCAAUCUUACGGUCAGUAUUCCAGUUAUGAUUACAUUCAAUCACAAUCUUCUGGAAUAUCUGCUCCCCAUUACUCAUUUGAUUUUAACGGCCCUCAAUCGGGCAACGGGUUAUAUCCAAAUAAUGAAAACUGUGAUUACUAUUUUAACUCAGAUUAUCAAGAUAAUCGAAAUUAUUUACAAGUCAAUCAAAUUGACUCUCAAACGGCAAAUACCGUAAAAACCGUUGUUGUCCAAAAGGGAAACGUUUUGGAAAUAGUUCCAUCAGCUGUUUUACCAAAUGAUGUAGAAUCUUCAAUUUCAACUAAAUUAGAGUCCAAAGAAAAUUUGAAAUUAUCGGAUAUAAAAGGGGAAAUAUGUAUGGAAAAUAUUAAGAAAGAGGAUGGAUCAUUACUAACACAAGGAAUCGAACAAAAAAAAAAGAAAAUUCCAUCUUGGAAGCGUGAAGUGCAUAGGCGUCAAAUGUUGGCUGCAGUGCUAAAAUUACAUCGCGAUUCAGAUGGAAAUAUGAAAAGCAUAUUAAUUAAACCUGAAGAGAAGCCAAAAGAGAAAAAGCGAGUACUGUUUGCUGAUGGCAUCAAACCUGGAAAUGGUCCAGUAGAUGAGAAAAGUACCACAAUUAAAAAAGAAAAGAAAGUUAAAAAAGAGAGGAAAGAAAAAAGAAAACCUAAACUAGCUUCAGAAAAUAAGGAAAACACUAACUUAAUGGAAUUGCUCAAUGUUGAUGUUAGUAUUGAUGCGGAAUUAGAAAAUGCUCCUCCACCACCUCCACCCCCCGGCUCACCUCCAUCACAUUUAGAACAGCCUAUUUGUAUAAGACCGGAUAGUCCACCUGAUUUCACAUAUUUUCAUUUUGAUGCUGCAGUAAGCUGUAUGUAUUUUUCUAAAAAUCCGAUACCCAUACCGCCGCGUCUUUUAAAUGGAUCAUUUCCAUCACCGCCAACACCUAAUCAACAAAACCAGUCGCAGCCACAACAACAACAACAUGCAGUACAAUUGCAUCAUCCAAUACAAUUGCAAACGGGUCAGUCACCACUGCAAAUACCUAUUAAUUCUCAAUCAGCUGUACAAAUUAACGUUCAGAAUCAGACUAACGUCCUUUCAUCAAUUGCAAACUCAUCGGAACGUUUAUCAAAUGCAAUGCUCAUUCAUAGUACGAAAAUGCCUUCACCUGUUCCGGUCAUUUCAGCAGUUAAUUUUUCUGGUAGUUCUGUUAGUGGAGUACGAUCAUCUUUAGUUCAACGUUUUAACACUGUUUCACAUUUUGGACCAAGUAAUACAUCAAUGAGUAGUUGUAAUUUUUCAAUACCACCACCAAAUAUUCCACCACCAAUGAUCCCAUCACAGCAUAACCAAACAGUUGGAAAUGCUGCGGGUGCAAAUAUAACGGUACAAACCUCUCCCAUACAAAAUCAAAGAAAUUUGGUACAACAUAGUAAUAAUGUUAAUGUUCAGCAACAACUGUCUGUAUUCGAACAAAUGAAACGUGGUUCAGUUACUUUACCAUUUCAGGCUGCUAUUCAAACAAAUAAAUCAACAAGUGUUAUUGCACCGGUGCCAGCACCAAUUGCAGUAAAUACUAAUAGUAACAGUCCAGCUUUUUCUUCUGAUUCAUGCUUUUGGAAAACUAAGGAUAAUACUGGUACAGGGAAUACUACAAUUUUAACCUCAUCACCGCUGGCAACUCAAACUUUAGGGAUACAUAAAAUUAUUAGAAAUGAAACAAAAAAUUUGAAUUUAUCACCGAGUGCAUCACCGAUUCAAAAAAAAAUAACAAGUAAACUAUCUGAGAAGUCUUAGAAUAACUUAUGGUUGUAGAAGCAGUAUAUAAAAAAUUUAGUAGAAAUAGUUUCAAGCAAAUUCUUUUUUUAAAAUAAGCGACAAGAGUUUUUUUUUUGGCAUCCAAAUCUCGUACUCAUAAGAAAUAAAAAUGCUGUUUCUUUUAUGAGCCUAAAUUAUUUUAUUAAUGACUCUAUAAAUUUCAUUAAAGAUUAGAUUAAAAUUCAAAAUUUACCAAAAAUGUUUUAGUUGUUGAUGAAAAUUAAUAUAAAUUAAAAGUACUAGUAGUAUUAGAAAUUGAAUUAAUAUAUUUAUAAAUUUUUUAAUAUAAAUUCUUUUUUUCGUUAAUUUUUUUCCAGUAUAAUCAAAUAAAAAUUUAUUGUUCUUCGGCAUCUUUUAUAAAAUUUUUUAUGGUUUUUAUAAUU